UUAUUUAAUCUGUGAUAAAGGGUGAGUGAACUGCCUCAUUGUUAUUUAUUGCAUUUGACUCUAAUAAUACAUUAAUUAGCCGUUUUACGGGUACAGUGAGUGCAAUAACAUACAUAACAGGUCGUGACAGCCAUGCAGAUGUGAGUAAUAUCAGAGGUGUGGCGCGUCGUUGUGGGGCGUUUUGAUAUAUCUUAGUGCUGUGACGUUUGGUGUUAAGAAAAAAUAUUCCUAUCUCGCCACAAGAUGACCGAGUAUAAAUUAGUAGUGGUAGGCGCUGGCGGCGUCGGUAAAUCAGCUUUGACAAUACAGCUGAUACAAAACCACUUCGUGGACGAAUACGAUCCCACCAUCGAGGAUUCGUAUAGGAAACAAGUUGUGAUUGACGGCGAGACAUGUCUUCUCGAUAUUUUGGACACGGCAGGUCAAGAGGAGUACUCCGCGAUGAGGGACCAAUACAUGCGAACGGGUGAAGGGUUUUUACUGGUGUUUGCAGUGAACAGUGCUAAGAGUUUCGAAGAUAUAGGCUCUUAUAGAGAACAGAUUAAACGUGUGAAGGACGCGGAGGAAGUGCCAAUGGUAUUAGUUGGUAACAAGUGUGAUUUGCAGGCAUGGGCUGUGGAUAUGGCGCAAGCAAGAGAGGUGGCGCGGAGUUACGGAGUGCCCUUCGUAGAAACAUCGGCAAAGACACGAAUGGGUGUCGACGACGCAUUCUACACGCUAGUCCGCGAAAUACGCAAAGACAAGGAGAGCCGCGGCAAAAAGUACCGGCGGGGUAACAAGCUCGGAUCUAGGCGUACAUUCAAAUGUACAUUACUCUAAGUUAAGGCAUCUAUCAGUAAUUGUAAUUUUGAACUGUGCAGGUUCCAAGGGCUUAGUAUACAGUGUGGUUUUCAAUACGUAUCGCGCAUUUCGCGGUCUCCGUGCGAAAGGGAGAGAGCAUUCGGUCACGUACUUUACCAUAGACAAGCUGAUUUUCCCUUUCUUUCGCACGGGUCGAGACGUUUGACGUAACUGCAUGGCUGUCGGUAUCGAGUGUUGCUAGAUGCCAAUUUUACUAUCUACACAGUUUACAAGUGAUAUUAUGAAAAUUAUAGAUAUUCGCACCUAUGAUAUUUGAUAUUUGGAUGCAAUUGACCAACCUAGAAAAAAACAAAGUGAUUGUUAUGGUACAAUGAUGGGCCACUUAACAACUAUAAAUAUGUGAAAAGAAAUGAAUAUGUCAGUACAUUUUUAUAUCUAUGCCCUAUGGUUAUAAUGUUCAAUGUUAAUGCCUAGUUUAGUGUAGACGUAUAGGUAUAAAAGAUGGGAUAAUGUUAUAUAUUCCAUCAAAUGUUAUAUCUCAGUAUUGGAACAAUUCAUGUUUUAAGAUUCAGUGUUAAUGCCUUAUUGUAAGUGGAAUAAGGUGCCUUUUUGUGGCAAAUGACAUAUUCUGUUAACUGUUCCUAUAAAUAUUUCGUAUGCCUUUUUUAUAAUGUGUUGCCGUAAUCAUGAAUCAUCUACGUAGGUCUGUUUUCAUUAAUUUCAACAGAUACUUAUUAAGAAAGUUUUAUACAGAGUUUUUUAAUUUGCUAUUUUUAUACAUUAAUUUUAAUGUUUGCUUGCAUAAAAUUUUAUACCAUUUUCAGCGACAAUAAUACAAUAAAUCUUAACAGUUAUUAUGAAGCUUUUCUCUCAUGUCGCUUUUGUAUUCUUACAACAGUGUAUUGUGAUAAUAGUGCCAUGUGUAUAGAAUAGACAAAUUUUUCUAACAUCACAAUUUUUAUAAUCAAAUAAAUACUUUUCUAUGCGUAGCUUAAGAUAACAUCCUGUGUAUAACAAUAUGACAUUCUAAAAAAUAUAAGAAAUCCAGAUCAAUUCAAUGCACGAUAUUUUGAUAAUUAUGAUAAUCUUAAUUUUAAAUUUUAUUUAAAAUGCACAAAUUAUGCAGCUAUUUAUCCACUUCUUAGUACUCUACUUAACACUUAUAUUAAAAUAUACAACAUUACAUUAAUUAGAUCGAUUAAAACUACACUGUAUAUUAGUUCUUUAAGAUGAUGAAUAUGUAUUAGUAUAGUACUCUUAAAAAAAAAUUUAUAUCCUACCAUCAAAUUUUAAUAAUUGUCAAGUUUAAAUUAGAUUUUUCAAAGUUAUGUUCAGUGUUAUACACAUAAUUAUUGCAGGGAGGUGGGCAUUGAGUUUCUAUAAUAAUUUGUUAUUUGGCAGUUUUGUAAACAUUUUUAUUGAUAGGUCUCAAAAAAAAAGAUACUUGGCAUGAUCUGUCAUUUCAGAUAAUCUAUGGUUUGGUUUUGCCAGAAGUUUUAUAAACUGUCGUUGCCUCCCACAAGCUAAAUAUUUGUAAAUGCUAUUCAUAUUGUAUAAGGUCUAUGACAUUUAAUAUACACGUGUACAUUAUUGAAUGCAUAUCGUUAAAGACCUUUGCAUUUUACGUUGAAAAUUCGCAGUUAAAAUUAACAAGAACAAUUAUUAACAUAAUAUACUGCCACAUUAGCUUAUUUUUUAAUCAAUGUAGGGAAUAAUGGUUUACAUAUUAUAUUAUAAAUUACUAAUUAUUAAAAUAAAAUAUCCCCUUCCACCCGCUCUAAACAUCACAAAUUAAAUUCGUGACAUGCAAGGGUUUUUAACUUUAAAAAUGUGUUCAUGCGUGUAGCAAUUUGUGUAUUUUUUUAGUCUUUAACAUAACCUAGAAGUUGAAUGACAUUUCUGAACGUUAGUAAAAACGCGCGAAACUCGUUAAUGCUUUAUGCAGGUUAUACGGAAUCUAUUGUAAAUGUUUUUAAUGCAAAGUGCAUUGAGCAUUCCCGACAUUAAAACCGAAAAGUAUAUUUAACAACCGGUAAUAUUCACACGACACUGUCACAAUAGGAAAUGGGUUCGCAAGAAUUUUUCCCAUAUUUUUGUACUGUGCGAUUGUUGUACAUAAAUUUUGAAUUUCCUAGUUUUUAAGCUUCCGCAAAUUCACUUAUCGUCAAAUAGAUAGUGUUAAAUGAAUUGUAGCUAAUAAUAAUAAGUGAAUUUAAGUAUCUAGCACAGAUUCUAGCAUUGUGCAAUAUUUGAUGAAUCAAAUGGGUCGCGAUAUAGAUGGAUGGCCAUUAUUGGAUGGCUUGCUGUUAUUGUACCAUACGGGAUAAUUUCAAUUUCGACUUUUGCAUGUACUUUUAAUACGUACCAUUAAAUCUUUUAUGUAUUUAUUAAAAUAAAUAAAUACCUGUAUGCUAUUCAAAACAUGCGGAAAUAGAUCAGAUUAAUCCUUUGUACAUUGUGACCCGUUAAAGGCGUGUCUUAAAAGCACUGUAAAUUCUACUAAUAUUGUAGUAAAAUAAAUUAAAAAAAUACAAGGUCGCUUAUAUCUAAAACAAAUGAAUAGUAAAUAAGAAAAAGAUAUCAGAAUGAGUCGUAUGAUUCGACAUAAUAUGUUUCAUUAUGUAAUAUUUUGUUUUUUUUCUCCAUGAAAAAUGUCGGCAGACUGAAUUUAAUUGAUAAAUUUAUGCAUAUUCAUUUUCCAUCGGCGAUCAUGAAACUAGAUUAUGUAUGAUAUAUUUAAUUCGAAGAGAUAAAAAAAAAUCAAAGGUAGUAGAUGCAAUAUUAUUACCAUACAAUUCUGCGGAAUUCUUUAUAACAGAUAAUUUAAUAGAAAAUGUUAAAGUUUUAUAUGAACAUUUUCAGCCUAUGGGUCAUAAAGCCGAUUUUUAUGAACGACAUGUCAAAUAUCAAACUCGACUCGUUAUAAAACGAAUGUUAAGCAUGGUUGUGUUUUAUCAAUAAUACAGUUAUUGUUAUAGAUUGUUUUGUAAGUAGACAACAGACAAUCUACAUAUAACAUAAUAAUUAUGAGUUGCAAAGGCCCCUUUAUACUAUAAGGUUUUUGUUUUAAGUACUUUAAUUGUUUUGGAAGCUUUUUUGCACAAAACGCAUUUAGCCGUCGUCCGAUACUAAUCGUAAUAUAUCAUUAUUGUAACAUAUGUGAUAUGUCACAAGCGUUCGAUGUGAUAAGUGCGUUAGGUAAAUGUAUGAAUCUAUUGUCAAUGGUUAUUAUUUAAUACUCCAGUAUAGACAUAAUUUACACAUAACGUUGAAGAUGAUUAUACUCUUAGAUCAGGUAUAGUUUCAAAAUAUUUUUAUCUAUUUUCAUUUUCCAUAUUUUGAUAUGCGUCUAGAGUUGACGUAUAGUUAGCUCAAAAAUCGUCCGAUGCAAAACUUUGUCUACGUGUCCAUUAGACAGAGUUUUCUGAUGCGCUUACAGAAUAGACUAUGAACAUUGCUGCCACGUGAUAUAGUGUUAAUUUGAAUUAGUGAUAUCUGACGCCGUUUAAACAUUUUUGACAACCUUUGAAUAAGCAAUUAUGAGUUUGUGUCAUAGCGUCAAUGGCGACUAGGAAAAUAAUACUUCGCGUCGUACUUCAGAACGCAGAAGGGCUGGUAUCAUUUUGUAUUUGACCUAAAAGCCGCCCUUUGUUCAUGUAACUCCAAGUAUCUAUUGCAUGUUCAUUUUUCAAUUUGCUGUAAGAAAUUUUAAUACUACGCAAACACCUGAUCUAAGUAGAUUAUGAUGCUAAAAAUAAAUUUAGCAUAUACUGAAGUUAAAUAUAAUUUCAUGAUUACCUACACUUGUUUCAUAUAAAUGCGACCAUGAUGUUAUAGACUCAAGUUUUUCAAAUGGUUUCCAUAUAGUGUUUUAAAAUGUCUGUUUAUAUUAUUUAAUUAAAUUCCCGCUUCACAUGAUAUGGAAUUUCUUCUAAUUCAACUGUCCAUGACCAUAGACAAGUGCCGAAUUAUACCAAUACAUUCACAAACUAGUGUAACUAGAAUAUUAAUACAUACCUAACAUACUUUAAAUGUUAUUUUCUUAUCGCACACAAGCUGUUCGUAAUAUUAUAAUAAUAUCAUUUAUCGUAAUAGUGAUAAAAAUGGCAUGCAAUUACUUUAUAAUUAUAUAAAAUGCUGUGUUGCCAGUAUACCAAUGUUUUGUGUACAAAUUUAACAUUUCACACAACAAUUUAUGUUUUUGUCUUCAAACAUUUUUAUCAAUAUAAUAUUGUGUACUUUUAUUUAUAUAAUUAAAACUAUCCUAGUUAAGAAAAUAUAGGUACAAUGAAACAAUGUAACGAAUUUUAAACCUACAGUUUUAUUUAAUAGUUUGACAAUUUUUUUUCUGUAGUUUUAAGUUACAAUUAGUAUUGCGUACCUAGAUAAUUUACUUAUUUAUAGUUUAACGAAGAAAAACUGCCAUGGAAAGUUAGUCCCACUUUUUGCCAUUAAAAGUAAAUCAUAAACUUUAUGCUAUUUAAAAUCAAUGCUAGUGCAGUCAAGGCUUUAUAUUAUUAUCUGAAAACAAAAUAAUUAUUUUUAAACACAUCAACGCUAAUGCACAAAAUAGGUAAUAAUUAAAAAUCAUUGUAAUUCUGUGAAACUGGCACAAUAAUUAUUGUGCUUGUUGUGGUUAAUAAAUUGGCAAAAAU